GAUCGGGAUGCGGCCGCGGCCCGGGACGCCGCCUCGUUGCCCAGAGCGACACCAUGCACCCGGCCGUGGCGGUGGGGCUGGUGUUCGGCGGCUGCUGCAGCAACGUGGUGUUCCUGGAGCUGCUGGCCAGCAGCCUUUAGGAAGGGACAGAGUCCUCCUGAAGCCACUUCCCAUGGGAAAGAGGGAGAUCCAGCAGAUUUUUCCUUCACUUCCUGACCUGACUGACCUGUUCCUCUUGGGAAAUGUUGGAGGGAACACCCUGCAGCUGUUUGCACAAGCUCAGGCAGUUCCCAGGAUGUGGGAACAUCGUGACCUUCUCCCAGUUCCUGUUCAUUGCCCUGGAAGGUUUCAUCUUCGAGGCCAACUUCGGCAGGAAGCGCCCGGCCAUCCCCAUCAGGAACUAUUUCAUCAUGGUGGCCAUGUUCUUCACCGUCAGCGUGGUCAAUAACUACGCCCUGAACCUGAACAUCGCCAUGCCGCUGCACAUGAUCUUCCGCUCGGGUUCUCUCAUAGCGAGCAUGGCUCUAGGGAUCAUCAUCCUGAAGAAAAGGUACAGCGUGUCCAAGUACAGCUCCAUAGCCCUGGUGUCCCUGGGCAUCUUCACCUGCACCUUCAUGUCUGCAAAGCAGGUGGUGUCUCUUCACCUGUUCACGCCGCUUUUUGCUGGGAAUAAAUCUCAUUUUUUUGGCCUCCGAGGUAACAGAAAGAAGCUGCUUUUCCUUGCCUCAUGUGGCAGGCAGGAGCAGGCAUCUGACUCCAGCUCAAACCAAGAGGAUGGACCCCAGGCUUUCCUCUGGUGGUUGCUGGGCAUUGCUGCCCUCACCUUUGCCCUGCUGAUGUCUGCCAGGAUGGGGAUUUUCCAGGAGACACUCUACAAGAAAUUUGGGAAGCACUCCAAGGAAGCCCUGUUCUACAACCACGCGUUGCCGCUGCCUGGAUUCCUGCUCCUGGCUCCCAACAUUUACCAGCACGCCGUGCUCUUCAGCCAGUCUGAGCUGUUCCAGGUGCCGGUGAUCGGCCUGACCCUGCCCAUCAUGUGGUUCUACCUCCUGAUGAACGUCAUCACCCAGUACGUCUGCAUCCGCGGCGUCUUCAUCCUGACCACGGAGUGCACGUCGCUGACGGUCACCCUGGUGGUGACGCUGCGCAAGUUCGUCAGCCUCAUCUUCUCCAUCCUCUACUUCCAGAACCCCUUCACGGGCUGGCACUGGCUGGGCACCGCCUUUGUCUUCGUGGGCACCCUGAUGUACACGGAGCUGUGGCACAGCCUGGGGCCCCUCCUGGCGCGCCACCGCCGCGGCAGGCCCAAGGAGCAGUGAAUCCCAGGGAAUCCGGGCAUUUCCCGUGGGCAUCUUGGUGUUGUUUUCCAGAGCAGAGCCGCAGGGAGCCCCCCCCGGGGGGGGUUUAUAACAGGGGAGGUGUUGGCUGUGCCAAGCUCCUGGAGAAUGGGGAGCCUCCACUGGGAACUUGGGGAAAGGAUCAUGGAGGAACAGUCCAGACUUUUGUUGCGAGUUGGCGUUAUUUUAGGCGACCCCUUUUACUUCCAAUUUUUCCCUUUUUUUUUUUUUCCCUUCCAUUGGAAUAACCCUUUUUAAGGAGAAGCUGAUCCAGAGCUUUGUUGGGAGCCCAGCUUCCAUGCUGUUGGCUUGGAUCAGCUGGACCCUGAGCCACUUUGGUGCCAUCCUUUAAUCGUCCCAGUGUCUGGAGCUGAUGGCUGAGCCCCAUUCCAGUGGGAAUCCCUGAUCCCUGUGCUGGGAGGUUGUGGGAUACAGCCCCAGCUGGAGCUUCCAGUCCACCCUGUGCAUCCUGGUGCUCUCCCAGUUCUCCUCCCAUCCCUUGGGAUCAGCUUCCUCGUGGCUUUCGUAGCUCCCUGUCCCUCAGUGUCACCCCUGGCUGCUUUUCCUGGAGCUUCCCUACAGUUUUCCUGGAGCAGCCCCUCGUUCCCUGCUCAGCUGGGACAAUUGGGGCAUCCAGGAGGGAUGAGGGCCUUUAACAGCAAAGGAAAAACGAUGGGAAAAAAAUGCCCGAAGUCAUGGAAAGGCAGCACCUUCCUGCCAGGCAUUCCCUGAGCCGAGGUCACCUUUCCAAAACUCUUUCCCUCUGUUUUUAUCAGCUGUCUGGGAUAAUCCCCAGCUUUCCAUGGCCUCAUCCUUGCUGGGAGGUGGAGUGGGAGGAGGGAAAGGCUCCAUCCAUGCUGUGCUGGCAGCACUGGUUCAGCCCCAGCCCCAAAUCCCAGUGUGGGAAAAAGGAAUUCCAUCCCACGCAGAGCCAGAGUGCUGCUGCCAGGACCUGCAGCUCCAGCCUGAUGUCCUGAAGGAUUUUUUUUUUCCCAGUUCCCGUUUUUCCUGAGCCUGAAAAAGCUGAAUUUCAGGUGCCGUGGGAUUUUCCCAGGGAUUUGGUGGAUGGGGAGGCUGACCUGGUGGAGCUCAGAUGUUGUUCCAGCUGUUUGUGGUGGCUCCAGCAGGGACCCCGAGAGAGGCAAAACCUUUAUCCCUGAUUUUCCUCUUCCAGGCUCUUCACACGGAGCUUCAGCUGGGAUUGGGGAGGUGGGGAAGCCAACGGAAAUUUGGGAUGAAGGAUUUUGGGAGCAGGGAGUAACUGGUGAGGUUCUUCAGAGAUCAAACACGGCGGGGAGAUAACGGAGCUGUGACUCCAGCUCUGUGGGUGUUGGAUCCAGGGAUUGUGGGAUCCAGGGGUUGCUGGAUCCAGGGAUUGUUUUACCCAGAGAUUUUGGAUCCAAGGAUUGUGGGACCCAGGAAUUUAGUAUCUAGGGAUUGUGGGAUCCAGGGGUUGUGGGAUCCAGGGAUUGCUGGAUCCUGGAUUGCUGGAUCCUGGGAUUUUUUUAUCCAGGGAUUGUUGGAUCCAGGGAUUGGGGGAUGCAGGGAUUGUUGGACCCAAGGAUUGUGGGAUCCUGGGAUUGUGGGAUGCUGGGAUUGUAGGAUCCAGGGAUUGUUUUAUCCAGGGAUUGUGGGAUCCUGGGAUUGCUGGAUCCAGUGAUUGUGGGACCCAGGGAUUGCUGGAUGCUGGGAUUGUUUUAUCCAGGGAUUGUGGGAUCCAAGGAUUGUUGGAUCCAGGGAUUGUUGGGCCCAGGGAUUGUUGGAUUCAGGGAUUGUUUUAUCCAGGGAUUGUUGGACCCAGGGAUUGUGAGAUCCAGGGAUUGUGAGAUCCAGGGAUUCAGGAUCCAGGGGCUGAGCAGAGCUGACACAGAGCUGCUCCCAGCUGUGACAUCCUGUUCAUCCUCUGGGUCACUCCUUCUCUCCAGGACCUUGCGUGUUGUCCCCAGUUCCCGUGGGACACGGGAAUAUUUGGGGGAUUUGGGCACUCCUGGUUUUGGUUUGUUUUUUUUUACCAUGUGCUUUUCACUCCCAUCACACCAACCACGGGUUCUUUGUUGCUGUCAGGGGCAUUUUUAACCUCCAGGCGUGACGAGUGCGUUUGGAAUAUUUAUGGAGCCGCAGGAGUGGCGGCAUUCCCUUCCUGCUGGAGGACAGAGCAGGAAAGGUGCAGGCAGAGGGGCCUCGUUAGCCAGAAUUAAUUAACCCCAGGCUCCCCUCCAGGCUGGGGCUGCUGAUGGGUUUGGUUUUAGUUUGGGCCGAGGUAAGAGCACCUAUUUUUUAGCGGAGGUUGGAGAAGGGAAGGAGCCCCGACCAUUUUCGGGGUGGCUGGGUUGGUUUUUAUAAAGUGAAAUAAAUCUGUAUCCUCUUCAAA